UCGCCAAAAAAAAAAAAAAAUCAGUGACCAAAACCACGACGUAACGUAACACAACUCAGUUUACCAACAACAAUGCCUGCCGAAAUCGCGUGUCCGUCGGCCCCACGCGCCCUACACCCCGGCGACGAUCCCUUUUCCUUCCACAAAAUUAUAUCCCCACGCGCUUUCGCCAUCCGGCGCCCCCUCCCCUCCCCUUUGCCGCACUUACUUUUUUAUCUUUUACCUACUUCCCUUUCCUCUCUCUCUCUCCUCUCUCUCUCUCUCUCUCUUUCACCCCCUUUAUUCUCCGUCCAAUUGAAUUGGAUUUCUCUCAUCUGUUAAUUAGGGAUUUUUAGGUAUGGGUGAUUUAACGGAAUCGUCGACUCCUCAGGCGCCGCCGUCGGCGUCGUCUUCACGGCAAGUUCCCUUCCGUGAGGACUGCUGGACGCAGGAGGCAACUUCCACGCUCGUCGACGUUUGGGGACGGCGUUAUUUGGAGCUCAACCGCGGCAAUCUCCGACAGAAGGAUUGGCAGGAGGUGGCCGACGCCGUCAAUUCACGCCACGGCCUUACGAAGAAGACUCACCGCACCGAUGUCCAGUGCAAAAACCGGAUCGAUACUCUGAAGAAGAAGUACAAGGUGGAGAAAUCGAAGAUCUCCGACUCUAACGGAACCCUAACGUCGUCCUGGCCUUUCUUCCCCCGUUUGGAUCAUCUAAUCGGACCUAAUCUCAACAAAACCCCAAACAAAACCGCGCAGGCGGCCUCGCCGCUGCAGUCGUCUCAAUUCACGCCGCCGAUGUCGUUGCCCUCGCCUCCGAUGGGCGUGCCUCUACCCUACCGCAAGCUGCUGACGUCGGCGAUGGUCACGCCGGUGAAUUUGCCGAUCCUGCCUCAGAAGCGCCCCUUGCCGUUGCAGGUGGCGGACGAGUCCUACUUCAGGCGGAACUACUCGGCGAUGGCGGCCGCAGCUGCGGCGGCGGAGGACGAAGCGGAGGCGGAGGAAGACGACGGUGAAUCGGAGGGGGAGGAGGAAGCUGCAGAGGGCAGCGAUAGGGCGGUGGAGGAGGAAGAAGAAGGAGGAGAACAUGGGAUGAAGAGAUUGGCCAAGGCGAUUGAGAGAUUUGGCGAGAUUUACGAGAAAGUGGAGAGUAUGAAACAGAGGCAGAUGAUUGAGCUCGAGAAACAGAGGAUGCAGUUUGCCAAAGAUUUGGAGGUUCAGAGAAUGCGGUUGUUUAUGGAUACUCAAGUCCAGCUCGAAAAAAUCAAGCAGGCCAAACGAUCUGGAUCCAAUGACGGAUAGUGGAUAAAUGGACUUGCUACUUGAUAGAUAAGUGAGUCGAAGCUUGCAUUUAGUUAAGAGUAGCCAAAUCAAAGUCGAGUAUUUGAAUGUUAAGUGUAAGUAAUGGAUGUUUCUUGAUUAAGUUUGUUUUGCUUUCGUACGAAGAAUUGAAUUUCGCUUUGAUUCGUAAAUUUUCUGGCUAAUGAGGUGUAUAAUGUAUGUAUGUGAAUCUAUAUGUACAUUGACAAUAAAUAUGUAAUUUCGUACGAUGCAAUUCGUCUUAGGUUCUUUGCCUUCUUUAGUGAUUCUUCAUUGAGCUUACGUCUAUAACGCUAACAUGUGAUACUGCGCAUCAUCUAAUCAAAUCCGUAUU